ACUCUCUUCUUCCUCUCCUCAUCAGUCCUCACGGUCUCUCUCGCUCGCUCACGCAGUCUCUCACCACGACUCUCACGACCUCCCCCUGACCUGACCCAGAGGAGCAGGAGAGAGCAUAGCACGGCCUGCACGGAUCGAGCAGCGGCAGCAGGAGCUCGUCGCCUCUGCUUAAACCCCCCCCCCCCCCCCAAUAUCGGUCUCUCGCCUUGUCACCUUACUUGCUUGGCUACUACUACUUCACCACGCACAGCUGGUUGGUUGGUUGGAUUAGCUAGCUACUAGGAUCAGUGCUUCGCUUCUCUCUCUCUUUGCGUUGCCGUCGUCGUCGCCGCUGGUGGUGGUGGUGGUUGUUGGUGAGGGAGAGAUGGAAGGAGGAAGGGGGGUGACGAGGGUGCUGCUGGUGGACGACUCGCCGGUGGACAGGAGGGUGGUGCAGCUCCUCCUCAGCAGCAGCGCAUGCGCCGGCUCAUUCCACGUAAUCGCCGUCGACAGCGCCAAGAAGGCCAUGGAGUUCCUCGGCCUCAAGGAAGAAGGCAAGGAGCAGGCCAUCGACAUGGUGCUCACCGACUACUGCAUGCCUGAGAUGACUGGUUAUGAGCUUCUCAAAGCCAUCAAGGCGCUGAGCCCUCUGAAGCCGAUCCCAGUGAUCGUCAUGUCGUCGGAAAACGAGCCCCAGAGGAUCAGCAGAUGCAUGAAUGCUGGUGCUGAAGAUUUCAUCGUAAAGCCUCUUCAAAGCAAGGACGUACAGCGUCUCAGGAACUGCUCGCCGGCGAACACGCAGUGCUGCGACGCCGGGAGCGACGGCAAGCCGCCGCUGCUGCUGCUGCCAUCGGACCACGUCGUCGUCGACGCCACCGCCGCGUCGCCGCCGCCGCCGCCGUCCCGGCGUCGGGCGCACUUCGCUGGAGUUGCCAUGGUCCUGCACUCGUCGAGCGUCGAGCUGUCACAUUACUUCCCUUUCCUCUUCAAGUUCAUCCUGCUGGUGUACGCCAUCCUGUGCCUGGGUGAGCUGCUGCACAGAUGGUCAAACGGCUGCUUCCUCAACCUGUGGUGUGCUUGACGAAUGAAGCAACCGGUGCAGUCCAAAUGCAAAGGCAGGCUGCAACUGGCAAAGCUCUUUCUUGUUUGCGAUAGCUUUCUGCACUGAAAGAGCAGCAUGGAGAGGAGGUUAAUGUUACAACAGAUGAUGAUGAUGAUGAUGGAAGUUUUAGGUAGAUUGUUUGCUUUGAGAUUCUAACCUGGAGCUUGGUUCUUCUUGGCCUUUGAUUGAUGAGAGGAGGGAGGAAGAACCAAUCCUUGUAUCCUUGUACAAAAAGCAUAAUGAGGCAGUAUCUGAUGUCCUUUUUGGUUGGGAUCUUGGCUGAUAUGUCGAUGUGACAUUCAGAGAGCUUUUUCCUUGCCCUUUCCUUUCGCCGAUGGCAACUCCUCACCUGUAUUGUAGUUCAGAUCCCAUGAGAAAAGAACUACACAAGUUGACUAAUGCAGCAUCAGGUUCUUCUGAUGGGAAAAGAAACAAAAAUUGCAGAUAUCAUAGUACACUUUCGCCUCAACGGUUGUAAACUUGUAAUCCCAUUCAGAUAGGCGAAACUGGGCAAUAGAAUGUUGUUUUUUCUUUCAGUUGUCACAUUUCAAGCUAAUGACUUGAGAUUUUUAAAUGACAGCUAUUUACAAGCCUAGUAAUGUACAACUGUG